AAGGCCGCCCUACCACCGCAUCCGCUUCAUUCUGUCUUUGACGCUCGCGCAGCCAACAGCUCGUGUAGUUCGGUGCAAAGUGCUUACUCCUCACCCAUUCGUUCACGUUUCAUACGUUCGGUUGUCGUGUACCUCUCGUUGACGAUGUCUACGACCGUUGAAGAGCCGCAGCCCAUCUCGAGAACCUAUCAGUAUAGGAAAGUGAUGAAACCGAUGCUCGAACGCAAACGUAGAGCGCGGAUCAAUCGUUGCUUGGACGAGUUGAAGGAACUCAUGGUUACGGCGCUGCAGAGCGAGGGCGAGAACGUUUCCAAGCUGGAAAAGGCGGAUAUUUUGGAACUGACGGUACGUCAUCUUCACAAACUGCGCCGUCAGCAAAGGCUGUCGACGAAUCCGGUGAUAGACGCGGACAGAUUUAGAGCGGGUUACACGCACUGCGCAAACGAAGUUUCCCGUUGUCUGGCGUCCACUCCCGGGGUCGACAUCCAUCUGGGUACCAAGCUUAUGACCCACCUCGGCGUCCGUUUGAACGAAAUGGAUAAAGUGUCGCCGUUAGUGAUUCAAGUGACGAACCCCUACACGCCGCCGGGUUCGCCGAAUUUGGAGUCCAGCUCGUCGUAUCCUUUGCCUCUGACCCCGGUAUCGUCAACCUCGUCGAGGCACACGCCUUCUCCGUCGCAACCGAUCGACUGCACCACGACGGGCCUGCUCAAGAUGGCACCCAAAGAAGAGGUUUGGCGACCGUGGUGAGACCACGGUCCGAUCCUUGUAAAUAUUUUGUAAAACAAUCUCACGUUGUCUUUCAAAAUACUGUCGCUGCUCAAUUUAGUUAGAUUUAGACAAUAAGAGAAAUUGAUCUCUCUUAAAUCGGAAAGCUUUAAACUUUAUCGUUAAUAUAUAGAUUACUUAUUUGUUACGUAGCGUUUAGGUUGUUGUGAUAUUUCUAUUUGUGUUGGUACCUGUGAUUCACCAUGGCGAUUGAAAAUACCCAAAUUCGAAGCCCAUUGAUGAAGCUGUAAUAUUGUAAAACACGUAUUGCGCGUAACUGUGAUACCGAAGUGUAAUUUUGACUUUCAAAAUGCAUUUCUUUAAAUAAAUACGAUUGUUAGU